CGGGUUGCAGAACUAACCGGUGUACACUUCCGGGUUUGCCACGUCCAAAAUCUAGUUACAAUAAUCUGGAAAUCUCUCCAAAUUCAAGAUGCCAGAGAAACUCACGGGUGUCAUUGCCAAGUUCUACGACGAGUACUACAACAGUACAUCAAAGCGACUGAAAAUCAUUGAUGCCUACUUGUUCUAUAUCUUUCUGACGGGGGUAUUCCAGUUUGGAUACUGUGCACUGGUUGGGACAUUUCCAUUCAACUCCUUUCUCUCCGGAUUCAUCUCGUCAGUUGGAUCAUUUGUUAUAGCAGUAUGCUUACGUCUCCAAGUAAAUCCCCAGAAUAAAUCAGAUUUUAUUGGAAUAAGCCCAGAGAGAGCAUUUGCAGACUUCAUCUUCGCCAAUCUAAUCCUUCAUCUUGUUGUCAUCAACUUCAUUGGAUAAAAGAUGAAUGAAACAGAAAAAUACAGCUGGGCCUUGUAAAUGUGUUAUUGUAUAAAUUAAUAAAUAUAAGAUGUGACUUUUUUUUAAAUGCCUUGUGUAGUUAUCGUCAUGAAGUAAAUGUUAGAGGAAAUAAAAGUUCUUGUGUU